CGCCGAAUUGUGAGCGCGGAGAUCGUCCACGCUCGUCGCAAUGGACGAACUAGUUGACGACCCUGACAACGACACAUUGGCUCGCGAUGCUGGGCUUCAUUUUAGCGGUUUAAGCCCCGAUGAGCGUGACAUGCUGCUGAGGGCUCGCGCUGCCGGCGUCGUUGCCUACUACGACGGCGGCCUCGACACCGGCUCUUCCGAACGCGAUAGCAGCGAGGAUUCGAGCAAUCCGACGUCGGGCGACGAAGCUGGUCACCGUGUGGACGUCCCGUCGCGACUCUCAAGCACGGACUGGUGCGAAUGCGGACACUGUCAGGUGCUGCCAAACUUUCGGGAGUUGGAGUGUGUGUGCUGUCGCGAGAUGGGUGCACCCCUAACUGUUGCGCAACCCCAGGGUUGCAUCUCCGAACAUCCGGACUUUAAUGUUCUCUUUCUGAACAUUGCCGUGCUCCGUGUGGCAUACCUUGAACUUCGUUCAUGGGGGAACACCAUGGACGAUGAAAUGCACAAGAGGUACCGGUACACAGCAUACAGGCAGUUUGUACGGUGGCUGUGGGGGCGGCUUCGAAAAGGCGAACGCUUUGUGUUGCCAUCAUGUGCUGUCGCAAAAAUUCGGGCAGCAUUCCCUACAGAAACACCCACAGGGUUUAAGUACCCUAACUCCUAGAAAAAAAAAGCUUUUAACAGUGUGCAGCAACGACACAAUGUCGUCGAUAAAUGCCUUGUGGAUUUGAGUUCCUUGUCAAAUAUCAAGAAACGUUAUGCUUACACUAGU